AUGCAAAGGGUUUCCGUGAAAGUGUUAUUUUUCGGAGAAGCGCAUCAGUUGGCCGGCAAGCGGGAGGAAUACGUGAGCAUCGGAAGACGUUCCGAAAUUUGUCAGAAGACAGUUUCAGAUUGAAUUUCCAGUCGAGACCAAUUACGAAGAAGUGAGGGCGACUGUUCUGGAAGUGAGUGAAAAACGGUGGAAAUUUGGCAUUUUUUAGGGUUUCCAGAAGUUUCCCACGUUGACGAAAAUUGAAAAAGUGAUGAUGUUGGCAGUGGAUCAAGAGUGAGUUUUCUUUUUCAAUUUUCCAGAAUCAGAAUCCGUUUUUGUUCAGAUACGCCAAUCCAGAAGACCCGAUUCAGCUGGAACGAUUCUCCGAAAUCGCCGUGAUUCCGCCGUUGUCGGGCGGAUAA